UUUUUGAACUAACAAACCAUAGUCUAACUGUGAGUGUAAGAGACAACAAAUCAAAAUGGUUCAAAUCGCCGGAAAAUACAGCCUCAAAAAGAACGAGAACUUCGUCCCUUACCUUGUUGCUUUGGGAAUUGAGGAGGAGAAGGCCAAAGUUGCCGACGGUUUACAGAAUGUAGAAAUCGAAGUGAUCAUUGACGGCAAUAAUAUUACCAUCAACAGCAACUCCGGAAUUGGUAACUCUUCAUCGAAAUUCAUUGUCGGCCAAGAAGUAGACGAUCCAAUGCCACUGGGCAUCACCCUAAAGAGCACUGCCAAAUUGGAAUCUGACGCUAUAAUCGUUGACUCUAAAGGUCCUGACGGCAGCACUGGACAGAGAAUCUACAAAUUCACUGACGCUGGACUCACUAUUACUUACACCUCAUCCAAAGGACCUGAAGCCAAGAGGAUUUAUAAGAGGCUGUAAUUUUUUAAAAACACAUUUUUAUAUUUUGUUCAUACAUAUAUCAAUAAAAAAAAUAGCAGAGAUUAAUUAAUUUGUUUUAUCAA